UUCAUGUGUAUCGUCUUUUUUUCCCAGUUUUUACUUUUUCAUCAUUAUCAUCGUUUUUGACUUGAGUAAGAGGUGACGUCAUCACAUCGAGAGAUGAGGUGGAGGAGGGGGCGGAGGCACUUCCAGAAGAAGAAGAAGAAACGGAACUUCAGUGAAUGAAGCUCGACUUCCACCAGGAGACUCAGAAGGAUUCCCCCAAGAUAAAGUAACAACAUUUCUCCUUUUUCUUUCUUUGUUUUUUUGUUUUUGUUUUUUGCAAGCCUCGUGUGGAGAAGAUCCCUUGGCGGCAGUUUCUCGUCUGCUUUUUGCCUUCAUUUCGACAGGUGUGAGUUCCUGAAGGCGCCAUGGAGGAGGGAAGCUGCUUGGGUUCAUUAUAAACUAGUCGGGAGCAUCAGAAGUGGAUCUCUGCUCUGACGACUAAAGAAAGACAGUCAAACUGGGAAACUAUUUUCUCAUCUGCUACCCUUUUUGGAUCCCAUCAACUUUCCAAGUGGACUGUAAAGGAGCUUCAAAAGUUUGAUUCCAAGAGCGCAACCAUGUGCCAUGUGAUUGUAACAUGCCGCUCCAUGCUCUGGACGCUGCUCAGUAUCGUUGUGGCCUUCGCCGAGCUCAUCGCCUUCAUGAGCCCCGAUUGGCUGCUGGGAUUCCCUCGCUCCGACUCCGGCGUGAACCCCGGUGAAUACCGGCCCUCUCUGGGCCUCUACAGCCGCUGCCUCCGCCUCGCCACCCGGGGAGGUGGGGUGAGCUGCGGGCCCUACGCCGGCACCUUCUCCGAGGUGGCUAGCGGCUUCUGGCAGGCGGCCAUGUUGUUUCUGGCCGCGGGGAUAUUGGUGCUCGUAGUGGUGGCCUGCAUCUCGAUCUUCAGCAUGUGCUUCCAGAGCAUCCUGAGGAAAAGCAUCUUCAACAUCUGCGGUUUGAUGCAGGCCGUUGCAGGCCUCUUGCUUAUGGUGGGCCUCAUGCUCUACCCCGCUGGCUGGGGUUCCGAGAAGGUGACGGGCUACUGCGGGGUCGAGGCCUCCCCCUUCCGGCCGGCCUUGUGCUCCCUCGGCUGGGCCUUUUACGCGGCCAUCGGAGGAACCCUGGCGACCUUCCUGUGCUCCGUUUUGUCCGCGCAGGCCGAGAUCGCCACCUCCAGCGACAAGGUGCAAGAGGAGAUCGAAGAGGGCAAGAGUCUCAUCUGCGUGCUGUGACACCACGGAGUCAUCCUGAGCAUGGACUUGUUGAGAUGAGAAGCUGGAGGUGUUGUAUUUCUUUAUUUUUAUUUCUUCAACACUUGCUUUGCGAUCUUAAUAAUCCCUGGUUAAAUUGAGACAAAGACUUUGGGGCAUUUGCUGGCAAAGUGCACACCACUGAAUGAGACUGAGUUCAUCUGCACACUCUAACAAAACCAAUACAAGAAACCGAAACCUGUACAUACCACUGUUCAUGCAAUUUGUUUUAACACCCCCAAUUUCCCUCCCCCCCAAGUAUAUAAUGACUUUUAGCUCACAAAACUCCGAAAUUCAGGCAGUCUAUUGAACAAUAUUAGAUGAAAACGUAUUUCGAGUAAUGAUGCGCCAUCUGGUGGCGAACAUGGUGAAUUAGAGCCUCCACAGAAACGUCAUAGUCUUAAUGUUUCAAGAUUUUAAUUCAAGUCUUUUUCAGAUUUCUUCCAUCAACACACUAAAUGUGAACACGAAUCUAUACUGUGAAGUGUGUGUGCGACUAAUGUUAAAAUUUUGGGUGACUGUCAAACCAGUAUUAGCUAAACAAGAUGAUUGUGGUUGUAUUUACAGUGACAUUUAACAGCAGAUCGCAUUCUUAUCUUCGGAAAGGGUUCUUGUAUUGAAUCUCAAUUGGAUCACACUUUGCAAGUUAAUGUUUGUAGUUAUAUUGUAGAAGUUCCAUGAUUUUUUUUAUUUUAUUUUUUUUGCUCAAAUUGCAUGCUGCGUCGCAGUCGCAAGAGAGCAGAGUUUGGCUCCUCCACCUAAAUGUGACUCCUCUCCAUACAAGUGUGCCAUGACGCAUUUGAUUGCUCUUAUUCAACACAGAAGGCAAAGACAUGCAAUUAGGAUUUUGAGAAAGUGAGCGGGACAAUGUGGGACCCUUUUGUUUGUUACAUUAACAAGAAUCUUGUUGUUUUGGUGAAUGAAUGAAUUGCUGAUGUUAGUAUGGAGAAAUACAUACUGUAUAGUACCAUCAAUAGUCCACAGAUUGUCUCUUUCAAAUCUUUAUUCCAUGUUAAUACCAUAAAUAUACAAAACUGAAAACUAUUUCACAUGCGACAAAGGCCGGACGAGAGUGCAUCGAAUUUUCUUUUGAAACGCAACUCCUAAUGAGGGGCAUCAAAUCAUCUUUACAGAAUGUACAAAUACGGUAUUCCUCUUAAAUUAGUUUUCGCUCUUGAUUCAGUGAAAUAACAUGAUCACAGGUCUAAAACACAUCUUUUUUUUUUGUGUUUGUUUGUUUUGUUCACAUUCUUAAGUGUAGACCGGCUUGCACAAUACAACUUUCAAUGUUUGUGAAGUAAAAUUUGUCUAACGUACACAUCACAAACUGAGAUUUAAAAAAAAAAUGGACAUUUGGUAGAUUUCUCACAGCUUUUGUGAACGCACAGUAGAAUAACACUUGAGGGAUUUGUCAUAUUUAAUCAGCCAUUCCUUGAAUACAAGCACACCAUUUGAUGCACGUAACACGAUAAAUCGUGGAGAACCAAAAAGAACAUAAAUUAUGUCAUAAAUAAAAACAGC